AUCAGUGUUCGGAAAACAGUUUGCUUCGAGGAGUGGGCCCGUUGGAGAAAAAACGAGCGACUGUGUAGCUCUUAGGCCCUCCUAUACGCCCGGAGAGGCUUCUGCGCCUUCAAACAGCACACCGAUCGGCUGGGAAAGGCCGCGGAACCGCGCGAGCCGCUGACGAUGCCCAGGUAGCGGCUACUGACCGACCCCUUAGACCGAUCGACAACUCUACAAGUAGAUCUGACUACAACUGCAUCACACUCGAGGCUCACGCUACCGCCUCGACACCGGACGGGAAAACUAGACAUGGCCGACCACGACGUUUGCACAAUACUAGAUGAACGCCUCUACUUUGCUACACUUCGAUCUAAACCACGCAACACUACAUCAUGUCACUACUUCUGUGUGGACGACGAGUUUAUCUACGAAAACUUCUAUGCUGAUUUUGGACCCCUCAAUCUAGCAAUGCUCUACAGAUACUGCAACAAAGUCAACAAGAAACUAAAGAGCUCGUCUCUGGCUAAGAAGAGACUCAUCCACUAUACCUCGUACGACGGUCGCAAGAGAGCCAAUUCUGCCUAUCUCAUCGGGUGCUACGCUAUCAUCUGUCACAGAAAGACAGUGGAUGAAGUGACGCGUCCACUUGGCUCCUUGGCCCCUCCGUUUCUCACCUUCAGGGACGCCUCCUGUGGACCCCCCACCUACCCCCUCAACCUCUAUCACUGCUUCUCCGCCAUCUACAAGGCCUUGCUGCAUGGAUUUCUGGACUUUUCCAAGUUCAGCGUUGAAGAGUACGAACAUUUUGAGAAAGUAGAAAAUGGUGACUUCAACUGGAUCGUUCCAGGGAAGUUCCUGGCAUUCGCGGGCCCUCACGACCGGAGCAGGAUCGAAAACGGCUACCCUCUACACGCCCCUGAUUCCUACUUCAGCUACUUCAAGGCCCACAACGUGACGACAGUCGUGCGACUCAACAAGCGGAUGUACGAGGCUCGCAAGUUCACUGAUGCCGGUUUUGAGCACCGAGAUCUUUUCUUUCCUGACGGAUCCAACCCUUCAGAAAACAUCCUCCGGCGAUUCUUGACCAUUGCCGAGACUGCUGAUGGUGCCCUCGCCGUCCACUGCAAAGCCGGCCUUGGACGUACUGGCACUCUAUUUGGAGCCUACCUGAUGAAGCAUUACAAGUUCACGGCAGCUGAAGUAAUUGCCUGGAUUCGGUGAGUUGCACAUUUCUACUGGUUUGACAGUGAGUGUGUGAAAUUAUGAAAUUAUGAAAAAUUUCGUACAGUAAAUUUCGUUAAGUAACGUUUUCAAAUUUAUGAGCACAAAGCGCCAGCACAGGUUACUACACUUAUUUUCAGCUAUAUG